AUGCCAGCACCACUGCUCACUGAUCGACGACCCGACACUGUACCUGUAUUAACUGAUACUAUUGCUGAGCAGGUCAGGCCUUAUUUGCCACGACGCUUUCGUGUAGCUCCUCAAUGGUCGCUGCUGUAUAGUCUUGAUCAACAUGGUACUAGCUUGGCAACUCUGUACCGACGUGCAAAAGCCAAUCGUGGACCUUGUGUGCUUGCUAUCAAGGAUGAUAAUGAUCUGGUGUUUGGUGCCUUUUUGAAUGAGACAUUGAAACCAAGCACAUCAUAUUAUGGAACGGGUGAAUGCUUCCUGUGGACUGAAAAGAAUCAACACGUCAAAAUUUUUCCAUGGACUGGCAAGAACGAAUACAUGAUCCUGGCUGAUACUGAUUUCAUUGCCAUGGGAGGAGGUGACGGCAAGUUUGGGCUUUGGAUAAAUGCGGACCUUGAGAGGGGCUACAGCGAACAAUGUCCAACCUUUGACAAUGAACCUCUCUCUACCUCUUCCGAAUUCAAUUGUAUCCAAUUAGAGCUUUGGGGAUUACGCAUAUGA